CAAACAAGCGUCAGCUCAGCGGCUCGACCUCGCUUGGAGCGGCGGCUCUCUUUGCUCCCGGUCGGCCGCGGCAAACAUUAGUGACCGACGGACACAGUGGAGAUCCGGGUGCCAUGGUGAAAGCGAAAUGUACACCCGCUUCCAUUUGUAACGGCUCAGGCAGCCUUCACCGCCUUCACCCACCACCUGGCGGGCGUCGCUCCCCUUGAGCAAAAUGGUGGACGUUGCAAAAUGGCCCCUCUUCAGUCUGAUGGCGCCCCAGGAGCUGGCCUGCAUAUGGAAAGCUUGCGUGUUUGGAGCGUCCGCCAACGAGGCCAUCUUCAUCACCAGUGACGACGAGGCGAGUGUGUACGUGUUUGGGCUCAACUGCAGCAACUGCCUGGGCACCGGAGACAACCAGAGCACCGUCGUACCCAAGAAGCUGGACUUCCUGAGCGGCCGGAAGGUGAUCGGCGUGAGCUACGGCAGCGGCCCGCACGUACUGCUGGUCACCGAGGACGGCGAUCUGUUCGCCUGGGGCCACAAUGGCUACAGCCAGCUGGGGAACGGGACCACCAACCAGGGGCUGGCGCCGGUGCUCGUGUCCACCAACCUGCUCAACAGGAAGGUGAUCGAGGUGGCCUGCGGCUCGCACCACUCCGUGGCGCUCACCGAAUUUGGGGAGGUGUACGCGUGGGGUUACAACAACUGCGGCCAGGUGGGUUCCGGUUCCACGGCCACCCAGCCUCACCCGCGUCGCGUUUCCGGCUGCCUUCAGAACAAGACGGCGGUCGGCGUCGUCUGCGGACAGACCUCGUCCAUGGCGGUGGUGGACAACGGCGAGGUGUACGGUUGGGGCUACAACGGGAACGGGCAGCUGGGUCUGGGGAAUAACGGCAACCAGCUGACUCCUUGUCGACUCGCGGGUUUGCAGGGUUUGUGUGUGCAACAGAUCGUGUGCGGUUACGCGCAUUCCUUGGCGCUGACGGACGAAGGCGUCCUCUACGCGUGGGGCGCCAACACGUACGGACAACUGGGCACGGGCAACAAGAGCAACCAGCUGAGCCCCGUGCAGAUUAUGAGCGAGAAAGGAAGGAUCGUGGAGGCCGCCGCGUGCCACUCCACGCACACGUCGGCCGCCAAGACGCAGAGUGGCCAGGUGUACAUGUGGGGCCAGUGCAGGGGGCAGUCGGUGCUGCUGCCCCACCUCACGCACUUCGCCUGCACCGACGACGUCUUCGCCUGCUUCGCCACGCCCUCGGUGAUGUGGCGGCUUCUGUCCGCGGAGUUUGACGACUUUCUGACGGUGGCUCAGUCGCUCAAGAAGGAGUUUGACAACCCGGAGACGGCCGACCUCAAGUUCUGUGUGGAAGGCAAAUACAUCUACGUCCACAAAGCAGUUCUCAAGAUCAGGUGCGAACACUUCCGCUCCAUGUUCCAGUCGCACUGGAACGAAGACAUGAAGGAGGUGAUCGAAAUCGAUCAGUUCUCCUUCCCGGUGUAUCGCUCCUUCCUGGAGUUCCUCUACACCGACAAUGUGGAGCUGCCACCGGAGGACGCCAUCGGACUUCUGGACCUGGCCACGUCCUACUGCGAGAUCCGUCUGAAGCGUCUGUGUCAGCGCAUCAUCAAGAGCGGCAUCACGGUGGAGAACGCCUUCACGCUGCUGUCGGCCGCCGUGCGCUACGACGCCGAGGAUCUGGAGGAAUUCUGCUUCAAGUUUUGCAUCAACCACCUGACCCGGGUGACGCAGACGGACGCCUUCUGCCAGAUCGACGGCGACUUGCUCAAGGACUUCAUAUAUCGAGCCAGCCGCUGUGGCGCCUUCAAGAACUGACCAGGAAAUGAUACGUUCAGGGACAUUUAGUCGUUUGCCCUUUUUUCACAUUUGAAAGACUUGCCUUAUUCAACGGACCAAGUUACUUUCAGCACUUUUUCCCUUCUUAAGAAGACCGUUUGCACUUGUGGAAGGAUCCAAAUGUCUUCAUUGUUAGCACUUAUCUGGAAAGCCGUUUGCGCGUUCAUUCCAUAGCUUUGAAGUCCACCUUUGUCAUUCACUGGCAGCCGUUUUCAAAGUAGACGUUCCCCAUCUUGCCAACCCUUUUAAAGCAUUUCCGCUGGUUUUUCAAGACCCACAGAAAGAGUAGACGCUUCUUUCACCCCCCUUAAAGAAAGUUUGAAAACGUUAAGUUUGUAGCGUUUUUCUACUUUCAGGAAUCAGCAGGAGGAUGUGGGUUGGUUUUACCCAAAACACCUUUUUCUGACCAAAAAGAAGAGAAAAUGAUUGUGUGUGUGUGUUAAAAAAAACAUCUCAAGCAGAACAGUGACUUUGAUGCAAAAUGUUACUUUUGCGACAUCUCAAACUAAAGCAGUUUGCCAUCAAGCAAUAUGAGCAUUUCUUUGCUGCAAACUAGUUUUCAUUCAUGUUUUGUAUUUCAAAUGAAACAAAAAUUGUAAUCAUGGAAAUUUAAAAAAAAACAAGUAACUUAACUAUUUCUCUCCCAGUAAUGUAAUGGGUUACAAUUACAUAAAUGGAGUCAUUAAAUUACAUAAUCUUGAGUUACUCCCCAACACUGAUUAUACAGUACUGCCUCCCGGUGGCCAAGGCGGGCACGCCAGCAGGAGCAGAACACUGAAAUUGGAUCGCAGCAUUAAAUCAUGAUGAACGAACUAUUUAAUGCUUUACAUUCUUUUAUGUUCUUACUCAGUUUUUUUUGGGUGUGUAUAGAGUGCUAUUUUUCCUUAUUAAAAAAAAAAAACUCUGCUUUUUUUUUUGUUUUUAAGUGAAGCCAGAACAGAUUAACGGCAUUUGCGUUCAUUGGCGCGUGGUUAUGUAAUGAAUUAAACGCACAUCUGAAGGCGCCACUGUAUUUAUCAUUAAAAAAAAUAAAGAAAUAAAAAAGCA